AUGUGGACUUCUGGGCUACUGGCGCUUGCCGCCUUUGCAAAAUGGCCCUCACUAGUCGAUGCUGGUUCUACCGGGGCGCAUGGACGCGACCUUGAGUUUCAGAACCCACCUGUGCAGUAUCGAGCCAAAUUCCGGUAUUGGCUGCCAGAUGCCAGCGUACCACUCGACGUUGUUGCUAGUGACAUUGCCAAUAUAUCCUCAGUUGGCGCCGGCGGCCUCGAGUUCUUACCCUUCUACCUUUAUGGUUUUCGAGACAACUCCGCAGUGCCCUUACCCGACUGGGCGACAUAUGGAUUUGGCACUCCUGCUUUCAACGAGAUCUUUAAAGGCGCCUUGCAGGCAGCGCAAGACAACAGAAUUCUAAUGGACUUUUCAGUAGGGGCAAACCAGGGUCAAGGAGUGCCCUCGAUGCCAGAGACGCCAGGCCUUGCUGUCCACUUGUUGGCCGGCAAUGCAUCAAUUGCUUCCGGUGACACUUUCAACGGUCCGGUACCGCCACCGGAGCCGCUCAGUCCUUUGCUCCUUUCAGGCCUAGGAUUUAUACAUACACUGGAGCAGUUCGGGACGCCUAACCUCACCGCUGUCAUUGCGGUAGAGUUUGUUUCAUGUGAGAAGGAUAUUUUGAUACUUAACGGUGAUUCCGCCGUUGACCUCACGGAUUCCGUCACGGACGGCUCCUUGUAUUGGACUGCUCCGUCAGGAAAUACCACUUGGAGAAUCUUUACCUUUUGGGAGAAAUACACCAAUCAAAGAUCAGUUGAUGGCGGAGAGAAUGCUACCGAUUUCAUCGGGAACGGAUCUUGGACCGUGGAUCAUUUCAGUAGGACGGGCGGCAGCCGCACCACAGAUUUCCUAGAUCAGUACGUUCUCUUUGACGCAGAUAUUCAGAGUUUACUACGCUCGGUAGGACAGUAUGCUUGGGAAGAUAGCAUAGAAAUGUUAGCAACCCUUUACUGGACGCCGGGUUUCCUGCAGCGGUUUGAAGAAGCUCGAGGUUACAGCCUGACCAAAUACCUCCCAUUACUCUAUGUCCCGGCCAACAGCUGGGGACCAGGCAUACCGGUGUAUCCAGAACAAUAUUCAUACGGCAACCUCACUGUCGAUGAGACAUAUAACAUUGACUAUCGAACCACUCUCAACGAAGGAUAUCAGGAGUAUCUCAGGCAAUUCAGCGAAUGGUCUCACUCGAAAGGUGUCGAGUACUCACACCAACCCGCUUACAAUCUCCCACUCCAGAUGCUUAGCGACAUUCCUCUCGUUGAUGCUCCGGAAGGUGAAUCGUUAGGAUUUCAAGAACUCCUUGACGCGUAUCGUCAAUUUAGCGGACCAGCACAUCUUACUGGCAGGAACGUUAUUUCAUCGGAGGUCGGCGCAGUCAUGAUCCCUCCAUACUCGCUAUCCAUUCCCGAUCUCUUAUUUCGCAUAAAGAGGUCAUUCGCUGGAGGCUUCACCAUGAUGGUAAUCCAUGGUUCGACCUACUCUGGACCCUAUGCUGGGACGACAUGGCCCGGUUACACAACGUUCUUUUACGCGUUCACUGAUAUGUGGAACAGUAUACAGCCUGCCUGGCAGCACCUGAAAGAUUCCAUGGACUACAUCGGCAGAAAUCAGUUUGUCCUUCAGAAAGGAGUCCCUAGGGUUGACCUUGCUCUCUACCUUUAUACCGCACCUUGGACCGUCACGAAUCGUUAUCCAUCGACAAAUCUACAAGACCUUGGGUACACGUAUGACUACCUUGGACCAGAUAAUCUGCAAGCGCAGGAAGCGAUCGUGAACGGAAGCACUCUCGCCCCCGAUGGGCCAGCCUACAAAGCCCUAGUGUUCGCUUCGAAUCAGACCGUCAUCUCCGCGACGGCCGCUGAAAGCGUUCGCAAGCUCGCAGGCGAUGGGCUACCAGUCUUCUUCGUGGGAUCAGCGCCAGACCAGAUCCUGUCUGCUGCUAGCGAGGACCAAGCAGAGGUGCUCGCCAUCAUCAGAGAGAUCCUCUCACGUAGUAACGUCCAUCGGGUGGCAAGUAUAGAAGAUGUUCCAAGUGCAUUAGCGGGCGCAGGAAUCCUUCCACGGACAUCGUUGCGAUGCUCAAGCGGACCAGUAUACACUGCUUGGAGGUCAGACCUUGCCAAUGGAUCGGAAUACGUUUUUGUCUACAAUGAUCAAGACGUUGCGGCUUCUUGUGAAGCCAGCUUCACAACGCAAGCGGGAGCUGUACCAUUCAUUUAUGACGCCUGGGCCGGAACACGCCAACCGGCGUUGCAGUAUACUCGAAGUGGUUCGUCAAUCACUAUGCCUCUGCGACUGCAAGCAAAUCAGACAAUGAUCGUUGGUUUUGAGAGUUCGCGGAAAGGCCGUUCAUCUGCGCCAAAAUGUGCUAUAUCCAGCUUCAGCGGCGCUGUGGCUUCUCUCGGCUCCUCGCAAGGCGGGCAGAUCUACGCAAACAUCAUUGGUCCCGCAGAGAUCAUAUCCGUGUCGGGCAAGCGCUGGUCCUUCGAUGCCUCACCACCCUCACCUACCGAUCUAAGCACUUGGGAUCUCAGCAUCGAAGACUGGCAUGCGCCGCCAGACCCUUACGAGGUUGAAACUGCAAUCACGAUGCACUAUUUCAGAAAUCAGACCCUUGUGCCCUGGUUCAGCCUGGGGCCCGGUUUCGACGCGGUGAGCGGCGUAGGAAGGUACAAUACGACGUUCGCAGUGCCCGCAACAGCCACGGGGAUACGUCUCGGCGCCAUAUUGUCUCUCGGACCCGUCGUGAAUACCAUGCGCGUAUCCAUCAACAGCCAGCAACUCCCUCCUAUUGAUCCGAGCAACCCCGUUGUAGACGUAUCCAGCUUCCUUCGGUCCGACUCGACGAACUCUAUCAUGGUUGAGGUUACAACGACGCUAUUCAAUCGUAUCAAAGCCACCGCAAACUCCACUAUGGUCGUUGGUGUAUCUGCAUCCAGUGUUCAGCCAGGAUACGCAUCGUCGCCGCCACAAGAGUACGGGUUGUUAGGUCCUGUGUCGAUCCAGUGGACGAUACAGGAGGAUUUGAUAGGGGAUGACUCAUGCUAG